AUGGAUAAUGAAGAAUACAGAGGAACGGAAGAGCAAAAGAAAGAGCUGGAGGAAUGGGACAAGUUAUUGUUCGAUUGCCAGGAAGAUCCUCCUCAUUCCGAAUCAAUGGAGGAUCAGUUAACAACAAAGCCAGAUGCAGAAAUGCAAGCUGAAAUGCUGAUGGACAUUCAAGAUGUUGAAGAUGAAAAAGAGAAGAUUGCAUUGGAUUAUUGGUUCCCAGACGAUCUUCUUGAGGAACGGGGAGAAGAAGAAAUAGAAGACAUAAGAGAGUUCACUGCUGAAGAGGCCAACAAUCUCCUAAAUCUGCACAAAGACCUUGACGAGCUCUACGAAAUCGAAACCGAACAUACAACUAAAAAUGGCAUGACUUACACAAAGAAAACUGUCAAACCACCAAUGAACUUUGAAUGCAAAGGCAACGAAGCUCCAACAGAGGAGUAUAUUGCUAAGGUUACGGGUAAUCCACCAAAAUGGAGUAUUCGAGUGUUAAAACGAUUCACUGACGUUGGGAUAUGGGAUGGACAAACUGCUGGUAUCAGCGUACCGCAGUUAAAAAAUCAGUUGCCUGACAAAGUGAAGCCAUCGUUUGCUGAAUCAGACAAACUGGUCCGCCAGUCGAGUGGUUUGAAUAAGAAAUCAACCGUUGAAUUUACUCCACAGCCUACUACUAGUGGAAUGCUCGGAUCUGCAAGAAACCAGAGACAGAAGCAGAAGCAGCCAAGUCUACGAGUGCAGGUGCUACACAAACUGGCCAACAAUCUUCAUCAACACCCAAACCUGGACAUGCGAGUCGGCUAG